AAAAAUUCACAUCUCAAAUAGAAUCACUCAUCAUACCCAUUUUAAUGAAUUACUAUAAAUGAAAGACACCCUCCCACUACCCACAAUCAUUUCACAAAAAACCCUCUCUUGCAAUCUCUCAUCAACAAAUACAUAACAGUCAAACACCCCUUUUCACACCCUCCAUAACAGAAAACAUAGAGUUCCAAUAUCAAAAUCUCCAAUCAUGUCCACCACAAGAAUUCAAGAACCACCCAAAUUCUACAACAAAAAGUCCUCCAUCCAUGGUAGAAAUGAUUCUGACGAGCUUGAAAUAUUUGAGGCUGCAAGGUACUUCUCUGGUUACAAUGAAGCUCAUCAACAACAAGUCUACAAUGUCACAGCAACUAAUUACACACAGAGGAGCAUGAGAGGAGGAAGAAAAAGCUUGGAUUUACCAAUGAUGAGAAACUCUCUCCCACAAGACUCUAAUUCCAAGAUUGAUCGUCAAAAGCAGCAGCAAGACAAGAAAUACAAGCAACCAAGCUCACCUGGAGGUAGACUUGCAAGUUUCUUGAACUCUCUGUUUAACCAAACAGGGUCUAAGAAGAAGAAGAAAUCAAAGUCAACCACACAAUCCAUGAAGCAUGAAGAUGAUGAUCAGAGUCCCAGUAGUGUGAGGAGGAGGAGGAGCAGCAGCAUUAGUCAUUUUCGACGCUCGAAUGCGACGUCAGCCGAUACAAAGUCCUUGUAUUCCUCUUCAAGCUCUGGUUUUAGGACUCCCCCUGUUUAUGCUCAAACACCCAUCAAGAGUUACAAGGACCUGAGACUCACAAUUGGGAAAUUGAUCAAUCAUGAUCAUUAUCAGAAGAGGAACCAAGAUCAUUUGUAUGAGAAUAAGGCUAAAUUGAGCCAUGGAUCGACAGAGAAGAAGGAGCAAUUGAGGAAGUUGAAUGAUGAUGUAGAUGAUGGAGCAGAGACUGAUUCAAGCUCUGAUUUGUUUGAAUUGGAAAACUAUGAUCUGGGUUUCUACUCAAGUGGAUUACCAGUCUAUGAGACUACUCAGAUGGACACUGUCAAGAAAUCAGCAGCACCACCACCACCAAUUACCACUCGCACUCUAUGAGCUUGAGAUUUGUUGAAAUUCUCCGUCCAAAUACACCAAUACUAUCAUUCUCUUUGGGUAUGAGCACAUAAGAUUCUGUUUUUCUGAACCGUCUUACUUCACCGUAUUUAAAAUACGUUGUUGAAGUAAGAGGGACCGAGCUUUGCUUAUAGAGUAAUGUCAGACCAAUAUGAGAUUAUAGUGUUGAUAAGAUUGUGUAUUAAUUUGCAAUAUUUAUUGUCUAUUAA